CAUAUUAAUUAAUCUCUUUCUAUUCCAGGUAGGAAUGGGCUUUCAUAACAUUACACAAUAAAGAAUGACACAAAUGUCUGUAGAUGGCAGCCGGACUACAUUUGAAUUGCCAGAGUUGGAACAGCACAAUAGGUUUAGUCAGCCAUGACCUUUGAGUAACCUCUCUGUAGGAGGGGGAAGAGACAGAAAAGAGACAUAUAGGCGAAAGAGAGGAAAGAAAGAAGGAAAACAGAUGGAUUGAGAGGGAGUAAAGAGGGGAGAGAGAGCUUUGUUGGAUACAGGAGAGAGAGAGAAACCAGAGAAAAGAGAGAGUAAAAGAGCACUUGGCACACAGACAUCUAGAGAAAGAAGAAGGGGGCGCUUGUUUCCCCCCCUCUCCUCUCCCUCUGGCAAUUAAAAAGGGAAACAACCCUUUGAAGAGGAAGAGAGGGGGGCAGUCCUGUACUCCCACCCAGCCUGGACUGCACGCAGCAUUUAUUGUGCCGAUGCUAACCCAGAUACCAGACACAACACAGAGCCAGAGAACCAGCUGAGGACCUGACAGAGCACAGGCAUGAACAACAUCAAGCUGGCCCUGCUGGAAAGCCAGGGGGCUGGGAAAUCAGAUUCCCUGUACCAUAAGAGACUGUCAAUCGAUGGCAGGCAGCUGAAUCUGGAAGUUUUUGACCCUUGUUCUCAGAGCUCAGAGGCCAGGUGUAUACUGGAGGAGCUAGUGGACUGGGCAGAUGGCUUUGUGGUGGUGUACAACAUCAGCGACCGCACUUCCUUCAUCAACGCCAAGAACAUCCUAUGGCAGAUUCGGGAGGCGCGCAUGGACAACUGCAAAGGGUCAGAAGCACAAUGGAGAUGGAGGUUCCUGUGUCUGGUGGGUAACAAGCAGGACCUGUAUCAUGCCCAACAGGUGCGUGAGGACGAGGGCCACUGCCUGGCUCAGGAGAACCGCUGUCACUUCCAGGAGGUCUUGGCAGCCAAGAGCUGCCAGGACAUCGCCAACCUCUUCACCCAACUCAUCCAGCAGGUGAUGGAGCACUUCAAGUACAGAGCCGACCGACGACGCUACAGCAGCUCCAAGUCUAUGGCCAAGCUCAUCAACAAUGUGUUUGGCAAGAGGAGGAAGUCAGUGUGACGGUUCCAGUGAAGUCAGCGGCUAAUCAGCUGGAGGGACUGGGAUGUUGUGUGUGGACCCAUGUUAAAGGGAAGUGGCCAAGAAGUUACAUACUGGGUCUGAAAUCUGUUUAGUACAUACACAGCGGUCCAAACAUUAACCCUGCGUUCACACUGCGAGCAACAUGGAUGGUUGGUGGGAAGGUUUGGAUGGAUCUGUGGGUCUGCAACUACAACAUUUACAGACAAACAUUAGUCUUGUACACAUCGAGAGGAAGGGUUGUUUGUCUGGGAUGUAUUUAUCUGCUUUGAGUUAAGACAGCUUUUUAGAAAUGACCUAUUGUUAUCAUGUGAUUCAAACAAAGCAGGCUGUUGGUUUCCAAUUUUGGGGUUGGGCCCCUUUGAAGGGGUCGCAAGAUGGAACAUAACACACACACACACACACAUUUUUGCUAAUCAAAAUCAAGUUUUUCUUCAGAUGUUUCUCUUAUAUUCAAAUGUAAAACAAACAAACAAAAAAUCACUCACAACUUGUAGACAUUGCUCAGUUUUAUCCUUACUUUUUUGAGUCUUAAAUUAUUCUAUGAAAUACCUUUUUUCAUUUCAAAGCCCUGGAAACCCACACAGGGUGUUUCACAGAUUCUUAUAAUGCUGUUAUAUUAUGGAGGUUGUUAAACUACCAAUAAAAAUGAUAAAAUGGUCAAUUGUCCCACCCAGGAGCAACAAAGCUGUGAGGGAAAUGUCAAUCAGGCGCAGUUUGUACUUGCUCACACUGUCCAAAAAACAGGUGUAUCAUGAAUUUGUAAAACAAGCCAAAUUUCUCAAAUACAAUGUUCAUUGUUGUCUUCAGUCAGUUGUAGUAGACCUUUACAUAAAUAUAUCCCAAAAUUAUCAAAGUUAUGACUAAAAUCAGUAAAUAUCUUAUCAAAGAUGACAUAAUCAAGACUAGGAAUGUAACCAAUCAUCCAGAGCCAACUUUCACCACUUAGCAUGUUUUGAUACAGACACAGUUUGUUACAGCAGAUGUUAAAAAAACAGCAAACCUUACAGCUACUUUUCAAGAAUAAUCUCUGGCUGGUUUAUUGCUGUAGUUUUUCACAUGAAACCUGUACAGGACUGGGAAGCUUUGAUUGGCUGUAAUUAGCUUCUCCUCUGUCUUUCACUCAUCAGACAUAACUGUUUGUCAUUAACUGAAAUCACAACAUGGAAGAAUGCAAAUCUGACAAGCUGUUGAUUAGCGAGUUUCCCCUGAAACUCCUUAAUCAGUGUGUUCACACUGUGAACUCGGGGUUACUGACUGUCCCCCCUGCUGUUGGCUGUUUCUUUAAGCAUCUCAUUGCAGUUAGUUAAACUGCCUUUCUGCAGGUUUUAUAUAAUGUUUUAAGUGAGGGAAAAAGACAGCUUUAUGCAUUUUACUGACACUUUAAUGAACAUUAUAUAUGUACAGUAUAUAUUAUUAUUUUUUCAUAGUAAUGCUAUUCUUUGGAAGCCAUAGUUGAUUACUAUACUGUUGAUUGUAACAUGUCAUAUACUCUCUCUCUUAUAUUGCCAUAUGGUAGCCAUGACUAACAGCAUCAUUUAAAUGAUAUAUUGUGUAUAUAUUAAUUGGUAAAUUAAAUAAUUAUUGUAUUGUAUUUAAAAAAACACUAACACAUACCAAUUAAGGGCAUGAACUAAUUCAAUGUUGUGCUGUUGUUCUUGUUAAAUCCACUUAUGUCACCAUGAUGCUAUGAAGAAAGACUGUACCACACAUGAUGAAAAAUAGGUUCACAUUUGCAGUGUUUUGUAGAUGACUGUUCCUUUUGUAAAUACUGUAAAAACAUCAGCUGUUCCAGAGGAAAAUAAAUUUAAACAUUGCUUACUAAGAUGCCUGUUUUAGUUCUUCAGAGGGGCUUUUGUUUCACUUUGAGCUUAACUUUAAUUAGAUGACCAUGAGAAGAGGCAAUUCUCUAAAGCCUUCAGCAAAAAGGAAUUCCCUGUGUGUUACUGCUAAAAAUAGCUGGUUUGGGGACAGGAGAAGUGAGAAAUGCACCAUUAUUAUACUGAAUUUUGGCUUCCAAAUCAAAGACAUGUUCCUGAAGUACCCACUAGAUGGCAGCACAGUUAUCAGAACAUCAUAAUGGUGUGCUCUUUUCCCUCUAUGUUUAAUGAUUUCCUGCUCAUGGGGCCUGACCUAUUACACACUGAAUCAUUUCAAAUUAUAGAGAUAAAUGAUAGUGAACAAUGAAAUGGAAAAAAAGUGAAAUUCAGUUUUUAAAAUGAUCUUAUGUGAAAGGCUUUAAACCUCAGAUACAGACGAAUGACAAAUUAAGUCAUUAGUACCUAUUGAUUGACCCCUCCUGACCUGUAUGGAAAUAUUUGCAUUCAAUGUUUCUCAUUUAUACAGGUUUGUCUUUUAAUUAGACACUUUCUGUAAGUACUGUAGGGUGGGGAAAAAGGUAUUUUCUAAUUUUAAAGCCUUCAAAGAAAACAUUUGUGGGGUUCCUCAGGGUCCAAGAUGUAUUUUCUCUUAUUUUAUUUAACCUUCAUUUAACAAGGUCCCACUGAGGCUGGAAACCUUUUGCAAAAGGAGACCUGGUCAAGACAGCGGCAUGAAAAGUUGCAGACAAAACAAUAAAAAAAUUACAACAGAUAAAACAAUACUAAAAAAAUCAGGCUAAAAGUAGGCUAAGAACAGACACAGGUAAAAGUUACACUAUCCAGUAUCUGUAUCAUUGUCAGUAUCUUUAAAACAUUUUAAAAAACAAAUUCCUUUUGGUGCAAUCACUUUAGAGAACUACUUGUAUGUGAACAGUACCUAUUUUGUAAUUUCUUAUUUAAGGGGGUUUUAUAAAGUAAGAAAUUCAGUGUAUUAGGAUAAUGUACUGCUUCCAGCGAAAGUCUGAACUGCAUGAGUGAACCAAACUGAGUUUCAUCCUUGAAGUAAACUUGGUCUAAAACCUGUUUCUGACUGUAAAACAGAUAUUUUGGAUAAUUGCAGUUAACACUUGUGUUCUGUAAGGAAGCAUAGGUAUUCAUUAUGUUUCUCUACUCAUUUAUUCAGAUUUUUCCUUUAAUUUGUCACCUGUUUUUAUUUGUUUAAAAGCUUUUAUAUAUGACAAUGAAAGCAGAGAGAUCAAAAUAUCCCCACCUUGCCCUCUUUGUGGUGCUAUAGAAUCAAAAAUCACAAACAAGUGGCAUCCAGGUAGGAUUUGGUUGUCAUGGCAACACCAAGCAGGAGGGGGUCAAUUACUAUGUAUAUUACUAAACUGCAAGAUAUGAUCUUGUAAAGCUUUUUUAUAUUUCAAACAAAUGAUCCCUGAUAUUUUACUCUAUAAAGUUCAUGAAAGAGAUUUUCUCUUCUAGAAAAAAAAUCCUUUGCUGCACAGGAGGUCAAGCAUUUUACAUUUCCAGCAGCAGUUGCAGUGAAUACCAUAGAUAGAGGAAAUUUCUGGAGAGAGCAGUGCAGAAACACAGCUGGCAUUAGCACUUUUUAACAAAUAUGUCAGGAAAGUAUACAUCAAGUAAAACAGGGAAAGUGUGAAUCUGUGAUGGUGCAAAAUGCUCGUCAUUUAAACUCAAAUUUGAUUCCGUCUCAUCAUCUUCCUCCCCUCUCUUCUUCUCUGUCUG